AUGGGAGAUCUGGCUGCCGCUGCCGUGACGCUUUCGCACUUGGGUCUCGCCUUCCGCACCCGCCCCUCGCUUCCCCCUCCCUGCCCCUCUCCGCCCGCGCGCUCCCUGCCCAUGCGCGCGCAAGAGCCCAAGCGACGACGGCGACGCGCCGCGCUGCUGUGGCUGAGCGCGGGAGACGUGACGGGCAGCGAGCUCGCACACACGCGCAACGCACACACACGACCGGGGCACUCGCGCGACAGCACCAGCAGCGGCAAGAGCCAUCGCAGCAGCAGCGGACGCGGGACACCCGGGGAGCGAUUAGGAAGCAGGGCCGAGGCGCGUGCGGGGCUUAGGGCAUUCGGCCAGCGCAGCUGUGCAGCGAAACACUUGUUUGAGGAGAGCGCACACCGCACGCACACGCACACGCACACGCACGCACAGACGCACUCCAGCCCGUCUAUUCAUAUUCGUGACGUCCCUCCGCCGUCUUCUCCCUCCGCCCCUCCCUCCGCUCCGUGCGGACACCACCCGUCGCCGCCGUCGUCAUCGUCGUCGACCGCGCCCCCCCUCCUCCUUUCACCCCCAAAACAUGCGCUGAUCCCCACGAUGAUCCCCGAUCCCCUUAUCUCUCCUUAUCGCCCGCGCCCGCGCCCUGUCCUGUCCUUCCCGCCCCGCCCCGCUCCCUUUGCGCAACCCACGCUGACCCGCCCCGCCCUUCCCCUAGCAUCACUUGACCGCGUCGCGAUCCCACGCCCCCGCGUCCUCCAGCAUUCCGCCCCCUCCUCGGUCAGUCCUCCCCUCCCCUCCCGUCGCGCCGCCCGCACCGCCGCUGAUCUCCCCUUGCCGCCCCACAGACGCGCCCACGCGCACAAUAUAUCCACCCGCACUGACCCCCCCCCCCCUCGCCCCUGA